GAGAGAAAACCUCUUUGGAUGCCGAGAGGAAAGGAGGAGAAGGAGACGGUGAAGAAGGGAAGAGCCGCAGAGGAAGAAAGUGAAUGAGCGCUCAGGAAGGAGGACAAAGAGGAGUGGUUGGGGGGGCGGGGGUGGAGGCAGGGCGGGGAGCGCAGUUACCGCCCCUCCCGGCCGCGCUCUUGCCUUCCGAUCCCUCUGCGAUGCUACUGUUUGCAGUGAUGCUCGGAGGGCAGGCACCUGCUGCUCUGUAAUGAUUCAGCCCCUUUCAGCCGUCGCGUUAACACAACAGGAUGCUGUUGCUACUGUCACUGCUGCCUCUCCUGCCGCCGCCGCUGCUGCCGCCGCCGCCGCCGCCGCUGGUCCUGCUUUUGCUUUUACUUCUCCUGCAUGACAGUUGUUUUCUCCAUCUGAGCAGACAGCAGCUUCAGAUGCUCGAGGUGAGAAACAUGCCUUUCAGUUUGGGCUACUGGUUUACUUAACUGACCCGCGGUCAGCUGGUUUUUCUCUUUUGGCCUCUGUCCUCUUGACCCGCCGGCAUGGUUUGGAGAAGCAUUUAAAAGAACUGCAAAAGUGGCCCAGAAACAGCAGUAAAGAAUUUACAAUAUACUUUCAUUUGGUAGUUGCUAGAGGCUUUUUUUUCCCUCCCCUUCUUUCCUCCUGAACUCCUCUUGCUUUUGAUAAUGGCCUUGGACUUGGACGGCGUAUCGAUUUCCCCCUGUAAGAUGCUGUCUCAUUUGGUUGGGGGGUGCUCUGCGUGGUAAUGGACGGUGAGCGAGGCCAGGCCUUCUGGAGGUGAGCCGAUGGAGAUUUAUUCCCCAGACAUGACCGAGGUAGCCGCCGAGAGGUCCUCCAGCCCCUCCACUCAGCUGAGUGCAGACCCAUCUCUUGACGGGCUUCCGGCAGCAGAAGACAUGCCAGAGACCCAGACUGAGGAUGGGAGAAGCCCGGCACUCGCCGGCCUGGCCGUUCCCUGCUGUGUCUGCCUGGAGACCGAGCGCCUGAGAGGCUGCCUCAACUCCGAGAAAAUCUGCAUUGUCCCCAUCUUGGCUUGCCUCGUCAGCCUCUGCCUCUGCAUCGCCGGCCUCAAGUGGGUAUUUGUGGACAAGAUAUUUGAGUAUGACUCUCCCACUCACCUUGACCCUGGGGGUUUAGGCCAGGACCCUAUUCUUUCUCUGGAUCCAUCUGCUGCCUCAGCCGUGUGGGUAUCAUCUGAGGCAUACACUUCACCUGUCUCUCGGGCUCAGUCUGAAACUGAGGUUCAAGUUACAGUGCAAGUUGACAAGGCCCUUGUGUCCUCUGAGCCUGCGGCGGUGCCAACCCCGAAGAACCGCGUUUUCGCCUUUUCUUUCCUGCCGUCCACUGCGCCACCCUUCCCUUCACCCACUCGCAACCCUGAGGUGAGAACGCCCAAGUCAGCAACUCAGCCACAAACAACAGAAACUAAUCUCCAAACUGCUCCUAAACUUUCCACAUCCACGUCUACAACGGGGACAAGCCAUCUUGUCAAGUGUGCGGAGAAGGAGAAAACUUUCUGUGUGAACGGAGGCGAGUGCUUCAUGGUGAAAGACCUUUCAAACCCCUCAAGAUACUUGUGCAAGUGCCCCAAUGAGUUUACUGGUGAUCGCUGCCAAAACUACGUAAUGGCCAGCUUCUACAAGCAUCUUGGGAUUGAAUUUAUGGAGGCGGAGGAGCUCUACCAGAAGCGAGUCCUGACCAUCACCGGCAUCUGCAUCGCCCUGCUUGUGGUCGGCAUCAUGUGUGUGGUGGCCUACUGCAAGACCAAGAAACAGCGGAAAAAGCUUCAUGACCGGCUUCGGCAGAGUCUUCGGUCCGAACGAAACAACAUGGUGAACAUGGCGAACGGGCCUCACCACCCGAACCCGCCCCCCGAGAACGUUCAGCUGGUGAAUCAAUACGUAUCUAAAAACGUCAUCUCUAGUGAGCACAUUGUUGAGAGAGAGGCGGAGACGUCUUUUUCCACCAGCCACUAUACUUCGACGGCUCAUCACUCCACCACGGUCACCCAGACUCCUAGUCACAGCUGGAGCAACGGCCACACCGAGAGCAUCCUUUCCGAAAGCCACUCUGUGAUCGUGAUGUCAUCCGUGGAAAACAGCAGGCACAGCAGCCCGGCCGGGGGCCCGAGAGGACGGCUCAAUGGCCUGGGAGGCCCUCGCGAGUGUAACAGCUUCCUCAGGCAUGCCAGAGAAACCCCUGACUCCUACCGAGACUCUCCUCAUAGUGAAAGGUAUGUGUCAGCAAUGACCACCCCGGCUCGUAUGUCACCUGUAGAUUUCCACACGCCAAGCUCCCCCAAAUCGCCCCCUUCGGAAAUGUCUCCGCCCGUGUCCAGCACGACGAUGUCCAUGCCCUCCAUGGCCAUCAGCCCCUUCGUGGAAGAGGAGAGACCCCUGCUUCUCGUGACGCCCCCCCGGCUGCGGGAGAAGGCUGACCACCCCCCUCAGCAGUUCAACUCCUUCCACUGCAACCCCGCGCAUGAGAGCAACAGCCUGCCUGCCAGCCCCCUGAGGAUAGUGGAGGAUGAGGAUUACGAAACCACCCAGGAGUACGAGCCGGCUCAGGAGCCCGCUAAGAAACUCACCAACAGCCGCCGGGCCAAAAGAACCAAGCCCGAUGGCCACGUGGCCAACAGGUUAGAAAUGGACAGCCACACAAGCGCUGAGAGCAGUGACUCAGAGAGCGAAACAGAAGAUGAAAGAGUGGGAGAAGAUACACCUUUCCUGGGCAUACAGAACCCCCUGGCCGCCAGCCUGGAGGCAGCCCCCGCCUUCCGCCUGGCUGACGGCAGGACUAACCCAGCGGGCCGCUUCUCCACGCAGGAAGAGUUACAGGCCAGGCUGUCUAGUGUAAUCGCUAACCAAGACCCUAUUGCUGUAUAAAACCGAAAUAAACACAUAGAUUCACCUGUAAAACUUUAUUUUAUAUAAUAAAGUAUUCCACCUUAAAUUAAACAAUUUAUUUUAUUUUAGCAGCUCUGCAGAUAGCAAAACAGGAAAAAGAAAAACUUUUAUAAAUUAAAUAUAUGUAUGUAAAAAUGUGUUACGUGCCAUAUGUAGCAAUUUUUUACAGUAUUUCCAAACGAGAAAGAGAUCAAUUGGUGCCUUUAUGUUCUGUUAUGUCGAGAGCAAGUUUUGUACCGUUUCCGUGAGAGCUUUUUCACAGUAUUUCAGCAAAACUUUCCCCAUGCCAUGUUUUUUCCAUUUUUGCUGGCUCCUUGUGCAUUGCAUUACAACGUUGACUGGAUGUAUGGUCUGCCAGAUUUCCAGCUGUCCCUCCGUUUGCUUCAAGUAGUACCCAACUACCCACUCAGUACGUCUUGUAAUGGCACAUAUCCAUCCCAGUCCUCUUUCAUAGGACGUUCUCUUCUGCUCUCAGUGUAUGAAAUGGGUUGUGUCUACUCUGCCGGCCAAAGGUUUGCUUCAUUGGGCUCUGAGAUAAUAGUAGAUCCAACAGCAUGCUACUAUGAGUUAUAGCAGGAAACUGCAUUAAGUCAUGUUACAUAUUAGGAAGAAAGUAAUACUGUGAUUUUUUUUUUAUAAAAUGACGUGAUUAAGCAGAAGAUAGCUUGCUCUCGCUAAAAGGAGCUACCAUUGACUUUAUUUUGAUGGAUUUUUUUCUUGGCAAAAAGCAACCGUUUUCAGGAUAGUGUAGAAAGUGGGUUCUGGCUAGCGAUCAUGGUGAAAACCAGCCCCUAAUCUGAGGACUCAGUGUCACCUCCUCCCUGGGCAGCUCAUCUAGUUGAAGAUCAAAGCAUGGCUGGAAAAGGUGCAAUCAUUCCUGACUUGUUUUUCACUGAUCUGGGAGCCAAUGAUUGGUUGUGUCUUCUCGGCUCAAGAACAGACAUGUCGUGGCACAAAAAACUCAGCUUAAACAGCACACGCAGCAAUUUGUUUGAAAUGCUUCCAGAGUGAAAUGUGCCUGUUGUCUGUCGUGGUGACUGGUCAUCGUAGGGAAAUACUUCUGUCUUAGAUUGUCUAGGAAGCGUGCAUAUAUAGAAGACGUAGGCGGAGAGCAGCUGUGUGACUUGGUUAGCAAUUUUUUAAGCACUUUUGACUGUUCUUUCGUUCUCAUUGUUUUUCUCUUUUUUUCUUUAAUGUUGCUUUGAGUAGGUCAUAACUAAGCAUGGACGUUUUUGUCAGGAACGGCCAAUGUGCAUGUGAUUUGUGAUCAGUUAAGAACCUCCCCCGAGUGAUGAAUCCUCAGGAAAUAUCAAGACAGUUGGAAAGCUUGCACCUUUACUUGCAGAAAUGACCCCCACCUGCGUGCAAACCUCUCUAUUUGCAGCUAUAACGUCCAUUCCCCUCCCCUUCUACUUUCUUACUUUUUGCUUUCCUGUCACAAAAUGGGAUUAAGAUGGGUCUACACUUUGCAUGUUCUCUUGUGAUGGCCAAUCCAAGCAAGGCCUCUAGGGAGAGAUGUUUGAGAUUACUGCCACUCUAGGAACAGGAAGUAAUUUUUUGAAAAAUUGCAGGCCUCAUUUCAUGCCCGAUCUGAUAUCUUAUCAGAUCAAGCUGGAGCUUUACUUCGGUUCCAAGAGGCCUUCUAGGAGCCAAGGGACAAAAUGGGAAACAGGUUUGCCAGGGUUCAGGACACCAGGCAUGAUGUCAAGGAGAGUCACUGAGUCAAUUUCUUCACCAAAUCUCUGUAUGGAAAGUAAAGGGAAGAAGUGACAUGAAUAAGUCUUAGAAGAGAAGUGCAGGCUGGGCAUGAGCCAUGUCUUCAGCUCCUAAGUAUUUCUAUAAUCCAUGGAUACUCCUGUCUACAGGUCCUUGAAGUUCCUCGCAGUGUUCAGUAUCCCAAGUCGUCCCUCACUGUUCUGUACCACCUCACCUGCGCUCAGCGGCGGCCUCGCCUGCUCGCUAACCCACCCGGAGGAGCCCCUGACAAGUGCGCCAGUUACACUGGUCUCCUGACUCUGUAGAAAUGAGUAAGCUCGUGGCAGGGGGAGGGAAACCAUCAACCCCAAGAAGUUCCCUCACUCUUUCUAAUAUUGCCUUCAAAGACCUUGACUCCUUCUUAGACUAUUUCAAUAAAGAAAUUCCUGCCAUAAUUAAAACUCUAAAAUUUCUGUUUCAAAUUCUUUGAGCGUCAGAGUAGUGGCACGUCUCCCGUUCUGGAGACUUCUUCAGGAAUAAAUCAAAUCGCUUUCCUCCUUAUGAAAACUUGUGUAAAUUUUCACGUUGCAAAAAUAUAUGAGAAUUGGGGACCAGAGGAAAUGUUAUUUCCGGCUUGGCUCUGGUGACUCACCACGGUGGCAUUUCAGUUCGGACAGGCUUUCUGUCUGUAGAACCAGAGAAUCCCUUGAUAAGAAAGGUCAGAGUAUUCCUCAGGGCUGCCUGCCAUGGCCACCAGAUUUGUGUUCACAGGGACAUCUCUGGGGUGUUUAAUCGUCACCAUCCCCGUUUAUAAACUCAGGAGUGCAGUGGCAAUUGAAAGAAGGAGUAUGUACCUAAGUCCCAGCAUAUAGGGAACUUUGGUGGGUCUUCAGGUAGUGGAAUUUGCCUAGAAGUUUGACAGCAACAUUGUUUCCUGGGUCUGAAAUCACACCCCACUAGGGGAUACGUAGUGGAGCGUAGUGUCUGCAAAACUCCUUUUUCUCACUCCAGAUUCCUUUUCCAUCCUGCUGGCCCUCCUUGCCUGGUCUGACUUCUGUUUUUGAGAUUGCCUGGAUGGUCUUGUUCUUUCUCCAAAAUGGCAGGCUCUGCCUGGGGGGUAUGUGGUGAAUGUGUCCCAAACGCCAAUAUGACAUAUCUUUGUUGUUUAAGUGUGACUGUCUUGAUACAGAGUUUAUCCAGGGUAACUUGCUCAGUAAAUAUUCCUUUUUUUUUUUGGAGGGGGCCUGGGGUUGAAAGGUGCAUGGCUCACCUUGGUGAAAAUAAGAAAGGCCUAGUUUUAUCUUUAAGGACUGGCUGUAUCUUACCAGCCACAGGGAAUUCUAUCCACUAAGACCCGUGAAACACUGCAGAGAAAUGUAGACAAGAGGAAAUAGCCACAUAUCACAAGUUCUAUUAUAUACUCUUUUGUAAAUACACAUUGUACAUUACUUGGAUGUUUCCCUAAAUCAUUUACUGUCUUUAUGAGUUAACGUCCGUUUUUUACUCUCUCAACUUUACUGUGUAACAUUGUAAAUAACAUAAUGUCCUUUAUUAUUUAUAUUUAAACAUCUAACAUAGAGUUGUUUUCAUAUAAGUUUAAGAUAAAUGUCAAAAAUAUAUGUUUUUUUUUGGUUUUUCUUUGCUUUAAAAUUAUGUAUCUUCUCUUUUCUCUUUUUUUUUUUUGAAGAAUUAUUUAUUGUUCAGGAGAAAGAAUGUAUAUGUAAUUGAAACUAUUUGAAGAAUGCACAUUUGAAGACCGUGAGGUACUGAUAAACUAAAGAAUUUAUUAUCCAAAAUACUAAGCAAUAAGUAAUUGUGAUUUAUUUAAAGUUCUGUUCAUCUUCCAUGAAAGACAUACUGCAAUAAAAAUGCUACUCUGCGGAGACCUGGGAGCGUUGGUCAGCAGACAAUGGUCCAGUCUGUUAGACCAGUACCUCUCCUUUUACUGUGAUGGGUGUGCUCAUUUAGGACUGUGUUUCAUGGACCCCCAUGAUCAUCUUGUCUGUCCUUUGCUGUCCACCCGUCUGUUCUUGAGUCAUCUUCUGCCUGCUGACUCCACUUACCACUGUGUUCUUGCUGAAGGGGUCACAGCCCAAUAAUGUGAUACUUUCUUCCCCGCCCCACCCCCGCCCCACCCAGCCCCGCCCUCGUCCCCCCACCUUCGCCCCACCCCCACCCCAAUCCACAAUAGCAUAUCAGGGAGGACGUUCUAAGGCCUGGAUCUCAACUGUUCUCAUAUUCUGCAGGGAUAGCAAGGGACUUAGACUAAUAGAAAUGUCAGCAUGGAAACCCAUCCGGUCAUGAAAGGAAAACUUAUUACCGUGGUUCAAAUAAUCUGGUGGCCACCACAGCCUACGAGGCAGCCGGUCAGAGCCAGGCCCGCUAAGCUUUCCUCUCCCUUUACUAAAUGUCUUUUCUCCAUCAGGCCCAUGAUGUAUCCAUUCACAGUUUUAAGUGAAAAUAAGGCUAACUUGGCUUCUUUUCUCCUCAUUCUAUCAGUAAAUCAGACUAAACGUCCAUGUGCCUGCUCAGGGAAGGGCCCAUGCAUGAAAAAUUUCCCACCUUCUAGGUCAUGGCAAUGAGGCUAUCACUGCUCUCAUCGAAAUCAGCCUAAACAAAAGCCAUAUUUUAGCAAACAGGUAUUUGCAUGGGUGGUACUUCUUAUCUAUUUCAAGCAUUUUUCUCAUUAUCCUAGACAGGGUCAGGACUUCUGAAGCAUGUGGAGUCGAGGUCAGCAAUGCUUUGGGGUGACCAUCGGCCUCCUUCGGAGUUUGAGGGUCCCCUAAGGCUUCCCACCAAAGUCCACCUCCAUCCAUGUGUACAAUUCCUAGUACCUAGUAAUGGACCCACUGGUGUCAUUUCCAAAGCAGUCUGAUGGCUAGGAGAUUCAAAGAGUGACAUUUAUGCUAGUUUUUACUUUUUAUAUUACGAAAUUUUCGAAACUACUCAGAAUCCUCAUAUUUGUGUCAACGUUGGUGUACACACACGUGCACACAAAUUCUUAACACACUCUCCUGAAGUCACCACAUUCACUCACUUGUCCAAUCCACCCAACCAGCCAUUCAGCAAAUCAAGGUGUGCACAGAAUAUUUAAAAAUUAAAGCUGAAGACAUUUUCCUGUGUCUUCAAUUUUCAGCUGAGGCUUUGUCCAACUCCCGAACUGAAAACCACAAACAGCCAUCUUAGUCAUUUAGGUUAAAAAUCAAGCACCUAAGAUAUAUUGAUAUUAGAGGCAGAAGCACGUAUGGUGGAAGGUGGUCUGAAGACAGGGAAGACUCACAUGUGGCCACACUAAGUAUCUGGAUAAUUAUUACAACCCCCAUGUGCUUCAACCAUGCAGACUCUUGAAUGUCAAAUGCAGGCCAGCUCUGCAAAGUGGCAAAUAAUCUGUCUUUCCAACCUAAUGUCUUCCUCAUCAUUAGAUUUCUCGGCUCUCUGUCCUUAUGAGAAAUGAUAAAGGGACUUGAUGUCAGAGAUUUGGGGUUAUGUGAGGCAAUUCUGAAGUCAGGAGGAGUGGAAAAUUUUGAUGAUCUCAUGGAGUAUCACUUUUCACUUGAUCUCUGACUUGCUCUUUCUAAAAUGGAUGGAAUCAAAUAAAUUUAUGGAAACUCUUAUUCCAAAAGAUUAAUUUAGGAGGCAAAAUGCUUUUUGGUUUACAAAAGAACCAUGCUGCUGCUCCAGGAAGCUGCAGUAUUUCUAACGCUGAAGGCUGUUUUGGGGCAGAGUGGUCAGACCCAGUCCUGUAUGUAGCUUUGAGCUCCUUUUGACUUCCUGGGACUGCAGUUGUUGGACCUCUCUGGCGAGCUGUUGGUUUUGAACUUGAGUGAGCCGUCCAAAACAUCACCCACCCAGGGGAUAAGGGAAGGAAUCUGUUACCCGGAGGAAACCUGUUACAGUCUACCUGAUCCUUUUAAGAACAGACCAGGAGGGGGAGACCAGUCAUUUCUAAAGAGGAGACAGAGAAUGGGGUGACAUUCCCACCCAGGUUCUUUUCCUAGCCCUCCUCCUUCGAAUGAAUUUUAUGGAGACAAUGACCUCUCUCCCCACCCCGCAACAUACCAAAGAGGCUAGAAAAUCCUUACCUCUGUAGAUGUAAACAUCUUUAAUAGCUUAUGUCUGUGUUUGCUCAUAUACAGAUAAAUAAACUAUUAAAUAUAGUGACAUUUUAUAAUGUUUAUGACUUAAAACAUCCUUUAUUUCUUUUUUGUUCUCUUAACCCUGAUAUGCUAAAUCAUGAGGGGAAGAGGCUCAGAAAGGUUCGCACUCUUUCCCGGAGCUACAGAUCCUGUGAGUCACAGAGGAGAUACUGGCUCCCAGGUUUCCUGACUGCAACUCCUAUUUCUCGGGACUGUUCUCCGCCCCCUCCCUGAGCCAAGCACGAACAACUCUUCUAUUUUCAGCCUUUUAUCGCGUGGACAGAAUAGGUUACAAGCAAAGCCAAAUUUCCAUUUGCAAGAAUAUGAGCCCCUCUGGCUUGGGUGUGAAGUUACUCUAGUAUCCAAUUUGCUUGGCUGAGUGACUCUGUGUCCUCUCUCCCUAAGCGCCACUUUCUAAGAGAAUGAAGGGUAGCCAGGGGGAUGCAUUCACACGUUCUAGGUGCAGGUAGCUUCCUGCAGUGCGAGGAGGAGGGGCUUUGCCGUCAAAGCACCAUCCCUGCCACUUAGCAACUUAGUGAAUUUGAGAACUUCCUCCUUCAAGCUCAUCCCCUGAUUCUACCAUGGGAAUUUAAGUGACUUUACAAACUGAGGUGUGACAAGUGUUACAUUUGAACACACCGAAGGAAGCCAGAAAAGGUCCAGCACAUAGUGAAUUUUCAAAGCCUACCUUCCAUCUGCUCCUUCUCCUGCAGGUUCUUCAUUUGGGAACCUAAAAUUUUCAGUUCCAAACGACACCCUCAAUAUUGCACAAAUGGAACAAAUAAACAUAUUUCACCCUUUCUCCAAUCUAGUGCCAAUAAGCAAAUUCCUUUCUUAAUAAUAAUGGUGUGUUGAAAGGCAUACUUAGUAAACAAGAUUUAAAGUUGUAGCUUAAGUUCUUUAUUUUAUAUGUGCUUCUUCUGUAGUCACACUGUUUCCCAUAAAGUCUCUAAGUUUUUAAUGGCUUAUUACAUUAACGUUUUGUUAUAAUUUUGCAGAAAUUUACUGAUACAUAAGUUUUUGUAGAGUUUUCAUAAUACGAUCUUCAAACUUUAUUGAAAACAUCUAGUGAAACAAACAGGAAAAUUGAUCCCAAGUUGAUAGGAUAUCUGUGCACACCCAUUUACCUGCACUUGCACUCAGGAUAUUUGAACUAAAUCAUCAAAUUACAUCCAGAAUGUCUAUUUUCUU